AGCUGCGGUUCGAGCUGGACGUGACGUGGCACAGAGGCUGUAGGUAGGAAGCCUUAUCCCACGUAGAUACAGUUAGUUUUCAUUAGUACCAACCUGGGGUAGAGGUUGACAGCUUGACAGAUAGGUAUUGGCUGGAAAAGGAGUAAAGCAGAAGUCCAAACAGGCAUAUUCUGUGGGCUAAUAAUAGUUCCACAACUGUACUUUUUGUUUUCUUUAGAGUGUUUUCCUUGAAUUACAGUACAAUAUGGGCCUUACUAUCUCGUCUCUAUUCUCUCGCCUUUUCGGCAAGAAGCAAAUGAGGAUUCUUAUGGUUGGUCUGGAUGCUGCUGGUAAGACGACCAUUUUGUAUAAACUCAAAUUAGGAGAAAUUGUUACAACUAUCCCAACUAUUGGCUUUAAUGUGGAGACUGUAGAAUACAAGAACAUAUGUUUCACUGUGUGGGAUGUUGGUGGUCAGGACAAAAUACGACCUUUGUGGAGACAUUAUUUUCAGAAUACUCAGGGUCUUAUUUUUGUGGUAGACAGCAAUGACAGAGAGAGAGUCUCAGAAGCAGCAGAGGAAUUACAGAAAAUGCUUCAGGAAGAUGAGCUGCGAGAUGCAGUGUUACUGCUGUUUGCAAACAAGCAAGAUUUACCAAAUGCAAUGUCCAUCAGUGAAAUGACAGAUAAACUAGGUCUUCAGAGUCUUCGCAACAGAAAAUGGUAUGUUCAAGCUACUUGUGCAACACAAGGAACAGGCCUAUACGAAGGACUUGAUUGGUUGUCAAACCAACUGGCAGGUUCAGGAAGUGACUAAGCAAAGUUAAAGAAAAGUUCACAUUUUAUUAAACCAAGGACUUGACUUGUUUGAUAGAAUUGGUCUCUUGGAGUUGUAAAAGGGAAAAUAGUUUGCAUCUGGAUUACUGUGCAUCUGGAACUGGGAUUCCUUCCAGCAAGUUACUGAACGUUACCUUCCUUUGCUGCCAGCAUUUGUAAACUAGGUUACCUGUUGCAUUUAUAGCAAUAUGGUUAGGCUAAUGAAAUGGUUAUUGUAAUGUGUACAUUCUCCCAAUUUCCUCUGUAUUAAAAAUGCCUGGACUGGUUUAUUGUAAUAAAUACGUUUUAUUAUAGUACCCAGAUAAACUAUGUUUGGCAGUGUUUUAACAUUCCCUUUCUGUAUGGACAAAUCAACAGUAAUGUCUGUCAUGCCACAAUUCUGCUGUAAAGCUAAUUGAUGCAUUAUUGCAGUGUUUUAGCUUAAAAACAGAAACUUCAUGCAUUGUAUGUGCUGGCCAGAAGCAUGUAUUGUAAAACACUAUUCUUUAUCUUGCACUGAUCCUCAUUUCCGUUUUGUCAUCCCCGGUUGGCAUUGUAAAUGUUUGUCUUGUGGAACCAGAAUUUGUUAAAAUUUAUUAUUUUCCACUCCAUCAGAAUGUUUUAUAUUAUCCUUGUUGCAUGCUACCUUUUGGUAUCAGACUUUUAUCAUCCAUUGUGUUAUAAUUCAUUCUUAUUUUAUUCCUUAUGGAAAGGUUUCAUAAAGAAGAUGGUAAAGUAAUGUCUUUACAGACCAGCUUGGCAUUAUGAUUCUUAAUAAAACUGAAAAUAAUAGUU